UUUAAGUCGACUUUGAAAUACCUUUGCAGCCUUUUAAUGAAUUUUGAGAAUAAUAACGUUUAUGUGCAAAAAAGCUCGGAUCGGCUGGCAGUCAGUCAAUGUAACUCGUGGCGAGCCAUGGAUAUCCCUAAUGAAUACAAGAAAUAUGGAGUAAACCAAUCAGGAAAAACAAAUACAGAACCAGAACUCAGAAAAUGCAAAUGAGUACAAACUAAUCACUUAGCGGCAUAGCACUUGUUUAUGCAAAACAGAAGGAGGAAGGCUCAAAAGUGUGCUUUGGGUAGUUAAAUUUUCCACCUAACUAUCCCCACAAAUCCAUUUAGAAAGGUGAAAAAAAAUCGGCUGUAACAGUGGAAAUCCACGAGAUGGCUCUUUUCUUCCUUUGUGUUCGGAUGAUAAUAGAGUUUUGAGAGUAGAAAUACCAACGCUCUUAACUCUGCGCCAUCUCAACUUCCUCCCCCCAGAGAAUUGCAGUCCGUUAUCGAAAGGAAGCUUAACUCCCUCUGCAAUUCUCGUCAUAAUUAAAAGAAAAAAAUUAAUUUGCGAGACCAGACUUUCUAACUUUAAAGAUUAGGACAGAGCUUAAAGAGAAAGUAAAAAAUAGUUUUACUUUUUAUCUUUAAAGGGAGAAUGGCCUAGGAUCUAUCGCCAGAGAUAACGAGUCGUUGUCUGAGUCUGAGCGCAGACGUUAUGAUCACGAUAGUGUGGCAAGUGGCAAUAGGUACGAAGUUGAGAGACGUAAACAAAGACACAGCUGUGGAACGCUUUCAAAUAGUGAACGUGACACCGCACCAAUUUUUCUCAACGAAGAGCAGUUCCAAGCGGUUAAUCACGUAAUGAAUGGAGACGAUGGGCCAGCAGCUUACCAACAGGAGAAUAAUGAGCAGCUCGAUUACUCCAUGGUUGAUACCUCACAAGAGAGCCAGCAAACGUUCCAGCGGAAAUUCGAGGGACAGGUCAAUGGAUUAGCCAACGCUGUAGCAGUGGGUGCACAACCAGCUACUGAUACAUCAAAUGGAGUCGAAGAGAUGGACUGGGCUGAAACUUCGAUAAUAGCUAGAGAAGAGUGGCAGCAGCUUCAACAGCUGAGGGAUGAUGGUGGCUGCAUUGCCUCGAACCAUUAUGUGCGUAAUGGUGAAGCCAUAGAGGAGUGCCACUCCAUUGAGGAAGAAGCUUUGGUUGCAGAUCUUAAUGUAGAAAGGCCGGUACAGUCACCUUACCCGCGGGGACUUGGUGCACCUAUAUAUUGGUCGAGGUCACCAACUCAGGAAUCAGGGUGCCAUAGACCUCAGAGGAUGCAGUCAGCAGCGCCCGCAGUUAGUCGGCCAGAUGAGGACCAAGGACUGGUCCAGUGCCACCAAAUGUGUAACAGUGUUCUUGUAAAUGCAGUGAGUUCCAUGGGUCCCACUCUGCAAGCCAUUCAGCAUACCUGCAACAGGGAGGAGUUUCGAUUAUGGAAACAGAAACUUGACGGAUCUGACGCACAGAAAGCGACAAGGAACAAGAGAAAUUCCGGGGAAACAUUCUUCAUUGAGAUAUUGACACAGAUUGCACAGCUUCGCCAAGUCGACGAGGACGGAGUUGCACCAGCCAUCUUCAGCCGUGCGAUCUAUUCAGACAGCUUUGAAUACAAGGUGGGCAUACGACUGCACCCGAAUGGCGUGGAUGAAGAGGAAGGCAGAUAUGUCGCUCUCUUUGUUCAUAUGAUGAUGGGAGAAUACGACAACGCGAGUGAAGUGCGAUGGCCAUUUACUCAGAGAAUCACUGUGUCUAUCUUAGACCAGAGUGACGCCAAACGUCACAUUAGCCACAUUAUACAACCCAAGCCACACCUUGCAGCUUUUCAGAAGCCAACUGAAGCGUUCACUCCUACUGGAUUUGGUUUCAUUAAGUUUGCUCCUAUCGAGGAGGCGUUUAGUUCUCCCUAUGUAGAAAAUGAUAAGAUGUUUAUCAAGAUUCAGUUUUCUACCUAA